UUCCUAUCUAAGGAGUCCCACGACUUCCCCCUACGUUCGGUAGGGAUCCUCUAAAAGCACCGAUGCUUCCCACUCGUCUGCUUCUUCCUCUUGCUUACGCUCCAUUGAAGUCAUCACAUUUAAGCUGUCUUCGACCUUAUGGACGCUCAAGUGCUCAUGUAGCUGAAUUACUACCAGAUUUAGUGGAAAUUUCUUUAAGUAGAGCUAUUCUUAAUGGAUUUAGGACAUUCUGUAGUAGUAGCCAAGAUUUGUCACUUAAAAAAUGUGUCCCAUGCAAGAAGAAGGAUUUGAGUCCUAUGACAGAGGGGAAUGCCAGUGAGUUGAAACCUAAGGUGCCUGAAUGGGAAUUGGUAAAUAAUGGUGGCAUAAUGAAGCUCAGAAGGAAUUGGAAAGUUAAGAAUUUUCUUCAAGGAUUGGAGUUUUUUAAGGUUGUUGGUGACUUGGCUGAAGCCGAAGGUCAUCAUCCAGAUCUUCAUCUUGUUGGAUGGAACAAUGUGACAGUUGAGAUAUGGACACAUGCUUGUGGUGGGCUCACAGAAAAUGAUUUCAUACUCGCUGCAAAAAUCGACAAGCUACCCCUUGAAUCUUUUCUUCGGCGAAAAUAACUUUGGAGUUUUUUUUUUCUCUUUUUUUUUUUGGGAGUAAUAAUGGCUGAUGUGGUUUCUUUGUGUUAUUUUGCUACAAGAUUAUAUGCUCUUUCAGCUUAUAAAGGUUUAAUCACAGAAAAAGUAGAAUUACUUGCUCUUUAAUUAGUCAAAAUGCUGCAAGGGUUUAAUCUUACUUAAUCGAUACAGUGGUAAGAGCGGGUUUGAUUUCAUGACCUUUGCUUUAGUAGCAGCCUAUAACUGAUAUAAAUAUGAAUUUCAAUCUAUACAAAUCACGCACUGAAUGUACAUUAAGCAUACAC